AUGAGACGCCGCUGGUCUAACAACGGAGGCUUUCCGCUUCGAAUGCUCGAAGAGAGCUCCUCAGAAGUGACGUCGUCCUCAGCCCUAGGGUUCCCUCCUGCUAUGGUUAUGUCUCCAGAGUCCCUCGCCUCGCCUGAGUAUGGCGGGCUCGAAUUAUGGGGGUACGACGAUAGCAUCACCUACAACACGGCACAAUCACUGCUUGGUAACACGUGCACCAUGCAGCAACAGCAACCUCCGACGCAACCGUUGCCCUCUAUGCCUUUACCUAUGCCACCCACGACGCCCAAAUCAGAAAAUGAAUCUAUAUCAUCAGGUCGUGAAGAACUGUCACCGGCAUCUAGUGUGAACGGUUGCAGCACAGAUGGCGAGGCACGGCGGCAAAAGAAAGGACCAGCGCCUCGGCAACAAGAAGAGCUUUGCCUCGUUUGCGGUGAUAGAGCCUCUGGAUACCAUUACAAUGCGCUCACAUGUGAAGGGUGUAAAGGAUUCUUUAGGCGGAGUGUCACUAAAAAUGCAGUAUACAUUUGCAAAUUUGGACACGCGUGUGAGAUGGAUAUGUAUAUGAGGAGAAAAUGCCAAGAAUGCAGGUUAAAGAAAUGCCUUGCAGUGGGCAUGAGGCCAGAAUGUGUAGUGCCGGAAACCACGUGCGCGAUAAAGAGAAAAGAAAAGAAGGCACAGAGAGAGAAAGACAAACUGCCAGUCAGUACAACGACAGUAGACGAUCAUAUGCCGCCCAUAAUGCAAUGUGAUCCACCACCACCUGAAGCUGCCAGGAUUCUGGAAUGUUUGCAGCAUGAAGUGGUCCCGCGAUUCCUCUCGGAAAAACUCCUGGAGCAGAACAGGCUGAAGAAUAUCCCUCCAUUAACGACGAACCAGCAGUUCUUAAUCGCAAGGCUCGUCUGGUACCAAGAUGGAUAUGAGCAGCCCUCCGACGAAGACCUGAAAAGGGUUACUCAUACUUGGCAGGAGCCCGAGGACGACGAAGAAGAGUCCGAUUUGCCAUUCCGUCAAAUCACAGAGAUGACUAUCCUGACCGUGCAACUGAUCGUCGAGUUCGCCAAGGGCCUACCCGGAUUUGCCAAGAUAUCUCAGCCCGAUCAAAUUACCCUUUUAAAGGCAUGUUCAAGUGAAGUGAUGAUGCUUCGAGUGGCCCGGCGGUACGACGCGUCGACGGACACCGUGCUGUUUGCCAACAACCGCGCGUACACUCGCGAGAACUACCGUAAGGCGGGCAUGUCGUAUGUCAUCGAGAAUCUGCUGCACUUCUGCCGCUGUAUGAACACCAUGGCUAUGGAUAAUGUGCACUAUGCGUUGCUCACAGCCAUUGUUAUAUUCUCAGAUCGGCCCGGGCUCGAGCAGCCGCACUUAGUAGAAGAGAUACAGAGAUAUUACAUAAACACUUUGCGGGUGUACAUCAUCAACCAGCAGAGCGCGUCUACUCGCUGCCCAGUACUCUUCGGCAAGAUCCUGUCCAUACUCACGGAACUUCGGACCUUGGGCAUGCAGAACUCCAACAUGUGCAUCUCCUUGAAAUUGAAGAACAGGAAGCUGCCACCGUUUUUGGAGGAGAUAUGGGACGUGGCGGAGGUGAACACGUCGGUGCCGGCGCCCGUGGUGGCGACGCCCGCCGACCUC